ACCCCUCUCUUGGCUCUUCAGGGUUUUCUGUUGAUAACUGAAUCGGGGGGUUCCUGGAGAGUCGUUACUUUGUGACUCUCUCAUCCUUGUUGCCUCUCGUGGUUGACGAUUCUGCUCGUCUCGUUGGAGUCGUGCCCGUUACCCCUAAUAGUGAUCGGAGGGGGGUUAUACACCGUCCGUCACACGGCUGGACUUUCAGCGCCCCUGGUACUGUCUCUGCUGCCCUUGAUACGUUCCAUUCUGCCGAAGUGCUUACAUCCGGUACACCACAUAUGUGUGCCAUCACUCAUGAUUAUUUGAUGUUUUGAUCCUUGAGCAUUGGCGAUUAUGGUCGGAGCGCGCGGGCCUGGAAACAAUAGAGAGAAACAAUGGCUUCCAGAAGGUCAGGCUCGCAGUCCUUUGGCUGGUCGGGUAACACUAAGACCAGAGAACCCCGCACCGGUUCGGAAAUCCGGGAGGAAGCGGCCCAGGUGAACGCGAGGUGGACAGCCAGAAGAGGACCCGAAGCGAGUCUCCGAUCUACGGGGCCCAUCCCGCAGCCCACUGUGUCCAGCCGGCUGCCGCAGGCUCUUUCCCACCGUCGGCCUUCUGACAGCGAGCCGGAAGAACCACGCUUCGUUCAGCAUUCUCGGAUCAAGGGUUCCGUAGGAAGUGCACGCGGCUUGGUGGUUGGGAAGACUGAUGGGACGUCAACAUCCACCUCGGCCUCCAGCAGGCUCCCGGCGCCCAGCCUGAAGCCUCGAAACAUCCUCCGGCGGAAACGCUCGUGGCUGUCGCAGGACGUGGGCAGUACCCAACUUGACUUGAGGAACGACUCGACUGGAACGACUGGAACGACUGGAACGACCUCCUCUGACUCUCGGACUCGUUCUCAGACUCCCCUGGAGUCUCUCCAUCUAGACCGCGAACUGACGCAAAGCCCGAUGGAAAUCAGAGUAGCACAGAAGGUUGAAAUGCCGCUGACAAAGGCUCAAACGGUUACAAUAUAUCCCGAAUUGGACAGAUACCGCGACGUCAAGCCUCCCGCUCGGUCCGAGAGCCCGGUUUCCAACCUACCCUAUCGCAUCGCAACCCACGAUCUGCCCCCGCCGACUCCCCUUUUCUCCGGAACAAGCAGUCAGCUCAGCGUUUUCAGCGGCAGUCCGUCAACAAGAUGGUCGGGAUCACCAGGCCCGGGGCCAUACAGCCGAGACACCACACCCACCUCCAUCUCAUCGCAAUCUCCGGGGCUGGUUGCGCCGAUACGCAUACCACCGCCCGGGGCGAGGGCAAGACAGGGGGAUCCGCCCUCUAAACGCCCUCCUGUCCAUCGAAUAAGAGGCGGGAGUAUAUCGAAAGAAGCGGGCACUGUUAACGAGGACCGUCAAGGCUUGGCAGCGGUCAGGGAGUUAUCGUCUUCGUCCUCCUCCAAUUCGACCGUCCGUGCCGGUGAAAGCAACAAGGAAAAGAACAGCAAAGGUUCGGCGCGGUGUCGGCACAGUCCUCCACCCCGGAAGUCCUCGCAGAAGUCCCCGGAGGGCCAGGAUAGCGGCGUUGCAUCUCUCUCCAAGCCCUCUCGUGAGGCUGCAUUGCCGCAAGCAGUAUCGCCGGCGCUGAAAGCAACCUCUUAUUCUUGGCCUCGGCCUGUUCAAGCUGGCAGAACAGACGCUUCGCCUCAGCCGACACCACCUGUGCGGCCCAGCCGCGAGGGGACUGUCGACCUCCAAACCGGUCAACCCAUCCCUAUCGUCCAGAGCAACUUGUCGUCAACCUCAUUAUCCGAAAGACGGCGAAGUGGUCUUUUGGUUCCGGCGCCGGCUAACCGACAAGCCUUCGCAUCUUCUCGGCCGGAGCGAGCGAGCUAUUUGGGGCGGCGGGCCCCUGUCACAGAGUCAAACCUUCCAUCCAAGCCUGCCGCUUCGAGUGCCACGACGGACACAUCAGCAAAAGGAACGGCAAGGCCCAUUCGAACACCCAGCCCAAGUGUCUCGACGUUGAAGACCCGAUUUCCGAUCUUCGGGCGACGGACAAAGACAGUCCCUGAGCCGGGUCAGACGGACAACGAUAAGCCGACGAGGAAAGGCCCGGCAGCUGGGACGGGCCAUGAGGGUUAUGGACGUUUGGGUUCAGCACGCCGGAGGAGUAACAGUGUCAUGAACGCGAACCGUGUGAUUCCAGGGACCAUGUCUUCGCAGGAAAGCCUGAGCAGCAGCCUCGGGCAAGAUCUGUUCUUGAUGGAGAGGAUGGCCCCGGUGAUCAUUGCUGGAGGGGAGGUUAUUGAGAACAGGAACACCAGUACGGAACUGACUCGCACAGAGAGCAACCAGAGCUCUACGUUCAGGCGACCGAGCAUCCACUCUCGCAACGGCUCUCAGGUUUCAUUAUCGUCUCGCGAAGCGCCUCGUAAGACCCUGUGGCCAUCACCUUUCCCGCGUGGCGCUACGCCGGCCCCGUCCCUCAGCAGUCGCCGGCCUUCUGAGAGCAGUGAUUCCGAGGCCGUCGCAAUGAGGCCUUCUUUGGCUGUCCGGAGAUCCAUGCAGCGGCUUCAGUCCGGCGGACAAGAACCCCCAAGGUUACCGAAGCCGAUUGUCACUCGAACUCAGGUUGUGUCGCCUUCUCUGACUAGUUUGGACGCCAGCAUCUUGUCCGACGACUCGGUCUUGGACCCUCCGGCGGAGCCCACGGUGAUUGCCAAGGAGACAGCCAGCAUAACGACCAUCUCCGGGCCGAAGAAGCUUGUCAAGCGAGCUCGAUCUCCCCGCAAGUGGAACCUUUUCGGUCGCUCUCAGAGCCAGCCAGCAAUCGAGAAGACGGAGACGGCGAGGCCGGUGGCCGCCACGGUUGAGGUUGUCCAGAGCAAGCCCAUAGCGUUCUACACCAUCCUGGACUCGUCAGAGCAGGAUGACGCCGAUCCGGUGGACCUGCAGGAGGUUCUUCGCGAAGCCAGGGGCAUCGCGAUAACGGCUCCUGAACAGCACCCGGUGACUGAGGCGGAAACACGGAGGCCUUCGGUGAGAGAAGACUCGGCACCACAAAAACUAGAAAGCUCCCAGCAAGCCGAGAACCACCAAGCCGCGGAUGCGGAGGCAGCAGUCGCAGCUCCGGUCACCCUGCCUGUUUCCUCAGUUCCGGAGCGAAACCCCGACCUGCCACUGCCCCAACAGUCCGAUAGCCCAGCGCCGCCGGUCCGCCAUGGCCCUAGUCGCCCGAGCAGACUGCCUCAGGUCGGCCGUAUUCCGAAGGUUGUCAGUGCCAGAGCCGAGCAAACCUCGCCAAAAAGCUUCUCGAGGCCAUUCCAUCGGCUUAGCGCGCAUAUUCCUCCCGUGCAAGCUCCUCCUCAGGACCAGGGUUCGGUCGCCAGGGGACCGAGUCCUCCCAAAUCAUCCACAAUGAAGUCCGCUGAAGAGGACUUGGGACGGGUCAGCCCGUCUAACAUAUCGGCCUUGAUCUAUGGCGUACCGAGAUUGCUGCCGCCGGUUUCUAGUCAGACCGGACCAGAGUUCCUCUCGUUCUCGCCGCGAAAAGACUCACAAUGCACCACGACAACCUCGUCUAGUAGCUCUGGCGGCCUUCCGAGCUACGUCGACGUCACUGCUGUGCUGCCGGAGCCGAACGCUCCGCUUGCCGAAGAUGAGAUCUGGGAUGAAUACAACGACCUGCUUGAGGACGAGACGGUACGGCCGCCAACAACACAAGGAUCCUCCUGGCCGAAACCCUUACGGCUAGAUGGUUCCGCAUUCGGCAAUAGGAAGACGGUUGAGGCGGCAUUGGAGUCACCAACACUAAGUCCGCCCCCGUUGCCGAGUCUUGUCCAAGCCUUGCGUUCUGGGAUGGAUCACUCCUCACUGAGCGUUCGCGGCUCGGACGUUGCCGAAGAGGUCAGACGGAUGCUCGAGAUCGCUCCGUUGCCAGAACAUCCCGUCACUGUUCCUGCCCCUUUGAGCAGUCAAGAUGGUCAGGUCCGCGGCAUCGACAAGGACAAGAAGGCAGAGCACGAGGGUUCUGAGGAGCAGCGAAACAGCGCGUCCUCCGUGAAUCAAGCUAGACGAUCCGAUGCCAGUGGUAGCACCCAGUGCUCAGAAGACAGUUCUCCCCAGGCUCAGGUCAACCUGCGGGUAGGCUCUAUGACCGUUAGCAAGUGGCUUACGUUUGGCCAUGUGCUCUUCAGCCCCGUUCGGGACGAGUUGAUCGCCGAGGUGGGCUCGCUCAAGCGACCCUCGAUACUCGUGGUUGACGGCUUAGGAAAUGACGACUGGUCCUUCUACGCGGCGGAGACUUACCCGGAAGCUACGUUUUUCAACCUCUCACCACGUGCCCCUCUGCCUGCCGAGCAUCGCAACGAAUCAUCGUUCCCGCUCAGUCCGCCGAAUCAUCACCAGGUCCAAUACCUCACCCACACGGCCAAGUUCCCGUUCGGCGCGCAGAGCUUCACCGCUGUCGUCUUCCGCUUUCCCGCGGCAGCUCCGGAAGGGCACUAUCGCAGCAUCAUUUCGGAGGCGCGGCGGGUGCUCCAGCCGGGUGGCUACAUCGAGCUGUCCAUUCUCGACGUUGACAUGAACAACAUGGGCAACCGCUGCCGCCGGAGUGUGCGUCGUCUCAAAGAGCGCAUCCACAUCAAGGCGCCCGAUACCAGCCUCGCACCGGCUUCCGAUCUGAUCCUUCGUCUUAUCGGCAGAAGGGGCUUCACGGACAUCAAGUCGUGUCGGGUCGGCGUGCCGGUCGCCAGCAUCAUUGCCCGGUCCCCCAGCGGCCGGAAGAGGAGUUCGCUCGAUCCUGCUGCCGGCGGCCACGGGAAGACGAAACCGAGCAAGGACGAGCGCAGUCUCCCUGAGAUGAUCAACGACGAGAGCCCCGUCGCAGACGAGAGCAUUGCCCGGUCGGUGGCCAAGGUUGGCCGGUGGUGGUACAGCCGCUGCUACGAGAGCGCCGCCGUCCCCGGGAUCGGGCCUUCCUCACGGGCUAGUAUGUGGCAAGACAAAGCGCUCCUUGCCGAGUGUGAGGAAUGGGGGACCAGUCUCAAGCUGAUGGUCUGCCAUGCACGGGCACCGGACGGGAGGGCGCGUGUGGCGAGUAUUUGAGGAGUCUCGAGCGCGCUUUUCGACUCGCUCAUACUUUUCAGCAAUCGUCUUUAUUCUUUGUUGCUUUCCAGCAAGCAUUAAGCAUGGGGAUGGAAGACCAAGAAAGAACGGAAUGCGCAGAC